AUGGAGCGCGGGGCCGAUCCUGGGGUCGGCGUGCGGCGGCUCCGCAACGUGGCGCGGCCGGAGCCCUUCGCUGCGGUGCUGGGCGCGCUGCGGGGUUGCUACGCCGAGGCCACGCCGCUGGAGGCCUUCGUCCGGCGGCUGCGGGAAGCUGGCACCAGGGAGGUCGAGGUGCUGCGCGGCGACGACGCGCAGUGCUACCGGACCUUCGUGUCGCAGUGUGUGGUGUGCGUCCCCCGCGGGGCUCGCACCAUCCGCCGGCCCAUCUGCUUCCAGCAGUUAUCCAGUCAGAGCGAAGUCAUCACAAGAAUCGUUCAGAGACUGUGUGAAAAGAAAAAGAAGAACAUUCUUGCAUAUGGAUACUCCUUGCUGGAUGAAAACAGUUGUCACUUCAGGAUUUUGCCAUCUUCAUGCAUAUACAACUAUCUGCCCAAUACUGUAACAGAAACGAUUCGCAUCAGUGGCCUCUGGGAGAUACUGCUGAGCAGGAUAGGGGACGACGUGAUGAUGUACCUGCUGGAGCACUGUGCACUCUUCAUGUUGGUUCCCCCAAGUAACUGUUAUCAGGUCUGCGGGCAACCAAUUUAUGAACUUAUUUCGCGUAACAUAGGGCCGUCCCCAGGGUUUGUUAGACGACGGUAUUCAAGGUUUAAACAUAAUAGCUUGCUUGACUAUGUGCGAAAAAGGCUUGUGUUUCACAGGCACUAUCUCUCCAAGUCACAGUGGUGGAAGUGCAGGCCGAGACGUCAAGGUCGUGUCUCCAGCAGGAGAAAAAGAAGGAGCCAUAGGAUACAAAGCCCAAGGUCUGGUUACCAGUCUUCUGCAGAAGUGAACUUUCAAGCAGGCAUGCGGAUCAGCACAGUUACUGCACGUCUGGAAAAACAGAGCUGCUCCAGUUUAUGUUUGCCAGCUAGAACACCAUCUUUGAAAAGGAAGUGUGACAGAGAACAGGUUGAAAUCGCAGCUAAGAGAGUGAAAGUAAUGGAGAAAGAGAUGGAGGAGCAGCCUUGUAGUAUCGUUCCUGAUGUAAAUCAAAGUAGCUCCCAGAGGCACGGAGUUUGGCAUGUAGCACCACGUGCUGUAGGUCUUAUUAAAGAACGUUACGUUUCUGAAAGAAGUAACAGUGAGAUGUCUGGUCCUUCUGUAGUUCACAGAUCUCACCCUGGGAAGAGGCCUGUGGCAGACAAAAGCUCUUUUCCGAGAGGAGUUCAGGGUAACAAACACACAAAGACCGGUGCAGAAAAACGAGCAGAAUCCAAUAGAAGGGGCAUAGAGAUGUAUAUAAACCCAACCCGUAAACCCAAUAGAAGGGGUAUAGAGAGGCAUAUAAAUCCAACCCAUAAACCGGGGUUGAAUUCUGUACAAACUGAACCAAUGGAAGGUGAUUCUUCGGGGGACAGAAAGCAGGAAAAUCCCCCAGCUCAUUUGGCAAAGCAGUUACCAAAUACAUUCUUGCGCUCUGCAGUGUACUUUGAGAAGAAAUUUCUUCUGUAUUCCCGUAGUUACCAAGAAUAUUUUCCUAAAUCAUUCAUACUGAGCCGCCUGCAGGGUUGUCAGGCAGGUGGAAGGCGGCUUAUAGAAACUAUAUUCUUGAGCCAAAACCCAUUAAAGGAAAAGCAGAACAAAAGCCUAACACAGCAAAAGUGGAGAAAGAAGAGGUUGCCCAAACGCUACUGGCAAAUGAGAGAGAUAUUUCAGAAGCUGUUAAAAAACCACGAGAAGUGCCCUUACUUAGUUUUCUUGAGAAAAAAUUGCCCUGUUUUGCUUUCUGAAGCAUGUUUGAAAAAAACGGAGCUGACCUUGCAGGCAGCUCUGCCUGGGGAAGCAAAGGUUCACAAGCACACAGAACAUGGGGAAGAGUCCACUGAGGGUACUGCACCGAACAGCUUCCACACUCCUCCCUCAAUGCCAAUGUGUGGGCAGAUGGAGAGAGAGGAGCAGCACCUUGCAGAGGGGAGUGAUCCGCUCCUCAGGGAGCUGCUCAGGCAGCACAGCAGCCACUGGCAGGUGUAUGGCUUUGUGAGGGAUUGCCUGGAGCGGGUGAUUCCUGCCGAGCUGUGGGGUUCAAGCCAUAACAAAUGCCGGUUCUUUAAAAACGUGAAAGCAUUCAUUUCUAUGGGGAAGUAUGCUAAGCUUUCAUUGCAGCAGCUGAUGUGGAAGAUGAGAGUGAAUGACUGCGUAUGGCUUCGUCUGGCCAAAGGUAAUCAUUCUGUUCCUGCCUAUGAACAUUGUUACCGUGAAGAAAUUUUGGCAAAAUUCCUAUACUGGCUGAUGGAUUCCUAUGUUAUCGAGUUGCUCAAAUCAUUUUUCUAUAUCACCGAGACCAUGUUCCAGAAAAACAUGCUUUUCUACUACCGAAAGUUUAUCUGGGGCAAAUUACAGAACAUUGGAAUUAGAAACCAUUUUGCCAAAGUACAUCUGCGUGCUUUAUCUUCAGAGGAGAUGGAAGUGAUCCAUCAAAAAAAGUAUUUUCCUAUUGCAUCAAGGCUCCGGUUCAUUCCUAAAAUCAAUGGUUUAAGACCUGUAGUAAGACUAAGCCGUGUUGUUGAAGGACAGAAACUCAGCAAGGAAAGCAGAGAAAAGAAGAUACAGCGCUAUAACACUCAGCUAAAAAAUCUAUUUAGUGUGUUAAAUUAUGAACGAACUGUAAACACCAGCAUCAUUGGCUCUUCAGUAUUCGGGAGAGAUGAUAUCUACAGGAAAUGGAAGGAUUUUGUUACAAAAGUUUUUGAAUCAGGUGGUGAAAUGCCUCAUUUCUACUUUGUAAAGGGUGAUGUGUCCAGAGCUUUUGAUACUAUUCCUCACAAGAAACUAGUGGAAGUAAUCUCACAGGUCUUGAAACCUGAGAGCCAAACCGUGUAUGGAAUAAGGUGGUAUGCUGUAAUUAUGAUUACCCCAACUGGAAAAGCCAGGAAGCUCUAUAAGAGACACGUUUCUACUUUCGAGGAUUUUAUUCCAGACAUGAAGCAGUUUGUGUCCAAACUUCAAGAGCGAACUUCAUUACGAAAUGCAAUAGUAGUUGAACAGUGCUUAACUUUUAAUGAGAACAGUUCCACCCUGUUUACUUUCUUUCUUCAAAUGUUACAUAAUAACAUCCUGGAGAUUGGGCACAGGUACUAUAUACAGUGCUCUGGAAUCCCACAGGGCUCCAUUUUGUCAACCUUACUUUGCAGCUUAUGCUAUGGAGACAUGGAAAACAAAUUACUUUGUGGAAUCCAGAAGGAUGGAGUCCUAAUACGACUUAUUGAUGACUUUUUGCUGGUUACACCACAUCUAAUGCAGGCAAAAACUUUUCUAAGGACUAUAGCAGCAGGUAUUCCUGAGUAUGGAUUUUUAAUAAAUGCCAAGAAGACAGUGGUGAAUUUUCCUGUUGAUGAUAUCCCGGGAUGUUCUAAGUUCAAACAGCUGCCAGAUUGUCGUUUGAUCUCGUGGUGUGGUUUAUUACUGGAUAUGCAGACGCUUGAGGUUUAUUGUGAUUACUCCAGUUAUGCUUUUACUUCUAUCAGAUCGAGUCUUUCCUUCAAUUCAAGUAGAAUAGCUGGAAAAAACAUGAAAUGCAAAUUGACUGCAGUCCUCAAACUGAAAUGCCAUCCUUUAUUUCUUGACUUAAAGAUCAACAGCCUUAAAACAGUUUUAAUUAACAUCUACAAGAUAUUUUUACUUCAGGCUUACAGGUUCCAUGCCUGUGUUCUUCAGCUUCCAUUCAACCAGAAAGUUAGGAAUAAUCCGUAUUUCUUCCUAAGGAUCAUCUCUGAUACUGCUUCAAGCUGCUAUUUUAUCCUGAAAGCUAAAAAUCCAGGGAUUUCUUUAGGUAGCAAAGAUGCAUCUGGCAUGUUCCCUUUUGAGGCAGCAGAAUGGCUCUGUUACCAUGCCUUCAUUGUCAAACUGUCCAACCACAAAGUUAUUUACAAAUGCUUACUUAAGCCCCUUAAAGUCUAUAAGUUGCAUCUGUUUGGGAAGAUACCAAGGGAUACUAUGGAACUGCUGAAGACAGUGACGGAACCAUCUCUUUGUCAAGAUUUCAAAACUAUACUGGACUAAGCGAUGAAGGUUUAUUUCAUGAUCCUUCCAGGCUUAAAAAUAAAUGUUUUUAGAUUAAUUUUCUCUGUAGUUAAUUUUGGUAGAA